AUGGAUCCAAAGAAAGUUAUCGAUGUUUUGGAAUGGACUACACCGACAAACCUUCGUGAUGUUCAAGUAUUCCUAGGAUUUGCAAAUUUCUACCGACGGUUUAUUUUGGGAUAUUCGAAAAUUGUUGCCCCGCUUACAGCCUUGACAAAGAAAAAUGUUAAAUUUGAAUGGACGGAUGAAAGGGAGGAAGCAUUUCAGACUUUGAAAAAGAUGUUUACAACGGCACCGAUACUAGCUCAUUUCAAUCCAGAUCGAAAAAUUGUGAUAGAAACUGAUGCAUCCGACUAUGUUUCAGCAGGAAUCCUAUCUCAACGUGACAACGAAGGAAUCCUACAUCCAGUUGCUUUCUUUUCCAAGAAACACUCUCCCGCAGAAUGCAACUACGAAAUCUAUGACAAAGAACUUUUAGCAAUUAUACGAUGUUUUGAAGAAUGGCGACAUCAUCUGGAGGGAGCUCAAUUUCCAAUUGAAGUUCUUAGCGACCAUCGGAAUCUUGAGUAUUUUAUGACAACAAAAUUGUUAAAUCGUCGACAAGCCCGUUGGUCCGAAUUUCUUUCACGCUUCGAUUUCGUUAUACAAUUUCGGCCAGGAAAACAAGGAACAAAACCAGAUGCAUUGACUAGGAGGUCAGGUGACCUACCUAAAGAGGGGGAUGAACGGUUAACGCAUCAGAGUCAAGUGAUUCUGAAGCGAAAAAAUUUGGAUACCAAGCUAAGUUUGUUCGCGGGUUCUUUGUCAAAUGAAUCCGCUGAAGGAGCGUCCACUGUAGAGGAGUUAUUUUCAAAAGCUUACCAAGUGGAUAGUUUCCCAAACAAGGUCCUCAAUAUGAUUCGGAAUGGCAUAUGCCACUCAAACAAAAUCUCACUUGCCGAAUGUAUGGAAGAUAACAACGGUCGGCUGCUUUAUCGAGGCAUGCUAUAUGUACCAGACGACGAUGACCUUCGACUAAGGCUUUUAAAAGAAUAUCAUGACAAACCAUCUGCAGGACAUCCGGGUAGAGCGAAGACUCUGGAGCUCCUAAGUCGAGAAUAUUACUGGCCACAGAUGCGGAAGUUUGUCGAUCAGUAUAUUAGGAAUUGCAAUGUGUGCACCCGUAGCAAGGCAUCACACAAUGCACCUUAUGGAGUACUUCGCCCCAUGCCAAUUCCCGAUGGACCCUGGACAGAUGUCUCGAUGGACUUUGUGACUGAUCUUCCUGAGAGUGAUGGGUAUAAUGCGAUUUUGGUCGUGGUGGAUAGACUAACCAAAAUGCGGCAUCUGAUACCAACGACAAAGGAGGCGGACUCACAGGAAGUAGCAAGGCUAUAUAUUGAUAACGUCUGGAAGCUGCAUGGAUUACCCGACACUAUGGUAUCCGAUCGAGGAACACAGUUCGUCGCGGAAUUCUGGAGGUCCCUUUGUGAUCGAUUGGAAAUCUCGCCAAAGUUCUCUACUGCAUUCCACCCCCAAACAGAUGGACAGACAGAAAGAAUUAAUGCCAUAAUGGAACAAUACCUCCGAAGCUAUGUUUCCUAUCAACAAGAUGACUGGGUCCGAUGGCUACCGAUGGCUGAAUUUGCAACCAACAACCACGUUUCCGAAACAACAAAAGUUUCCCCCUUUUAUGCUAAUUCGGGAAGUAAUCCUAGGAUAACAUUUGGGCCUUUGGAACAUGGUCGAACGACGGCGGAGGAUCAAGCGAACCGUAUUGCAAGGGAAAUGAAGGAUGUGGUGGACUUCCUAAGAGAAGAAAUGUUCCGGGCGCAAAGGAUACAAGAAGAAUCAGCCAAUAGGAAUCGAACUCCAGCUCCUCGAUAUUAUUUAGGAGAUAAGGUUUUUCUAUCGACCCGUCAUAUUCUAACAAAGCGACCCUCUAAGAAAUUCGACUGGAAACGUAUUGGACCUUAUAGCGUUAAACGAAUCGUUAAUCCCUAUGCUUACGAGUUGGAACUUCCCCGGUCGAUGAAAAUUCAUCCAGUAUUUCAUGUUUCGUUAUUGUCACCUGAAGCAAAUGAUCCUUUACCAGGACAACAACGAUUACCACCACCUCCGGUUGAAAUCGAAGGGGAGGAAGAAUGGGAAGUCGAAGAUAUUUUGGAUUCGAGGAAACGAAGAGGAAGAUUUGAAUAUUUGGUACGAUAUAUGGGAUAUGACGAAGCCUCCUGGCAACCGCUAUCGGACCUUGAACAUUCACCUGAAAUUAUUAGACGAUUCCAUGAGCGUUAUCCAGAGAAGCCUAAGCCUACCAGGAGGUAG